CGCCUCACGAUGAAGUUCAGCGUGCCCACCUUCCUCACUUGCGCCGCCUUCGCAGCUACCUCCUGGGCAUUACCCCAAAGACGCGACUGCGCUGAUUCCUCGAAGUUCGGCGACCUCGAGGUCGUCCCUUCCAACCUCGCUCCUGGUGACAGCUUCACCGUGCACGUCGACUUCACCUGUGCGAACCAGCUCGGGGUCUAUCCCAAGUACACAGACUACUACUUUGCAGUCCCCGUGAAUAACAACGGGUACGAGCCGCCCGUGCUGCUCUACCGCAUGGACUACGGCGGGGGCACCGCCGACACGUUCACCGCUCAGGUGCCUGACGCGUUCCAAUUUAACGCGAGUUAUACGCUCGAACUGCAGGCCACAUUCCCCUUGACCGGCACGGAUGGGUCCACGUACUACGAAGUAGGUACAACGUAUCUUCCUCUCAACCUUACUGUUCCAGCUGGAGACCAGUAAGGGAGGGGUGACUGUUGACUAUAGGACAAUUCAAUUCUGUUAGGGACAUAGUUUACUGUUGUAAUUGCGACGGCGCUCCUGGAGACACGGGGCACCUUAUAAGUGUUAUCCAUAAAGAUAUAGAGACAAUGCACUUACAGGAUAUCCGACUACGAUGUCCAACACUUGC